UGAACACAUUGGAUGUAAUCUCACCGACGAUAUUAAUAUCGAGAGGACUUUUGUUUCUCAUAGACAUUUCGUCGAAUAUCUGGAGGACCAUCUUCUUCCCAAGUUCUUCAAACCCUAAAUCACAAGAUUCAAAUCAAUAUGGACUUUUUCGAUAAAUUCAAGAUCUGGGUUGUAUUGAUCUGCUUCAUAUCUCAACUGGGUCAUGGGUUUUAUCUCCCGGGUAGUUACCCACACAAAUAUGUUGUAGGUGAUCAAUUGUCUGUAAAAGUCAACUCUUUGACUUCAAUCGAUACCGAAAUCCCCUACAGUUAUUACAGUUUGCCCUUCUGUACGCCCCCAGAAGGUGUAAAGGACAGCCGUGAGAAUCUCGGUGAGCUUUUGAUGGGUGAUCGGAUCGAAAACUCACCGUAUAAGUUCAAUAUGUACACGAAUGAAACCGAGAUCUUUCUUUGUCAAACGAAGCCGUUGUCGGGUGAGGAGUAUAAGCUGUUAACGAACCGGAUCGACGAGAUCUAUCAGGUUAAUGUGAUUCUCGAUAAUUUACCCGCGAUUAGGUACACGAAGAGGGAUAGUUAUUUUGUUCGGUGGACAGGGUAUCCGAUCGGGAUCAAAGUUGAUGGUGGGUAUUAUUUGUUUAAUCACUUGAAGUUCACGGUUUUGGUUCAUAAGUAUGAGGAAACGAAUGUCGCGAGCGUAAUGGGGACCGGGGAUGCAACGGAUGUAAUCCCGACAGGUAGGAAAUCGGGAUCUGAUGAACCCGGGUACAUGGUUGUCGGAUUUGAAGUAACUCCUUGCAGCGUUAGACAUAAUCCCGAGUCGGUAAAGAAUUUGAAAACGUACGGGAAGUACCCGUCGAAAAUCACUUGUGAGGAUAACACGGUGAACAUGGCUAUAAAGGAAAACGAGCCCGUUUCUUUCACUUACGAGGUUGCGUUUGUCGAAAGUGACAUCAAGUGGCCAUCGAGAUGGGAUGCUUAUUUAAAGAUGGAGGGAGCGAAAGUGCAUUGGUUCUCGAUUUUGAACUCGCUUAUGGUUAUCACUUUCUUGGCGGGUAUUGUUCUCGUGAUCUUUUUACGAACGGUUAGACGGGAUUUGACUCAUUACGAGGAGUUAGACAAGGAGGCACAAGCGCAGAUGAACGAAGAGUUAUCGGGUUGGAAGCUCGUCGUAGCUGACGUUUUCCGUGCUCCCAGCAAUCCGGGACUUCUAUGCGUAAUGGUUGGAAACGGGGUUCAGAUUCUUGGAAUGGCAGUUGUGACGAUCAUGUUUGCCGCCCUAGGGUUCAUGUCUCCCGCUUCGCGUGGGACUCUGGUGACCGGUAUGCUAAUCUUCUACAUGGUUCUCGGAAUUUCAGCCGGUUACGUUGCUGUACGUAUGUGGCGAACGCUCUUCUGUGGGGACCACAGAGGAUGGGUCUCGGUUUCUUGGAAGGUCGCGUGUUUUUUCCCCGGUAUCGCGUUUUUAAUCCUUUUCGUUUUAAACUUUCUCUUGUGGGGGUCACACAGCACCGGUGCUAUCCCGUUUUCGCUGUUCGUCAUUCUCAUUUUACUCUGGUUUUGCAUUUCGGUUCCCUUAACUUUUGUUGGUGGUUACUUCGGUGCAAAGGCGCCUCAUAUCGAAUACCCGGUUCGAACCAAUCAAAUACCCCGUGAAAUCCCGCCUCAGAAAUACCCUUCGUGGCUUUUAGUUCUUGGUGCGGGAACUCUCCCAUUCGGAACCCUGUUCAUCGAGCUUUUCUUCAUCAUGUCGAGCAUCUGGAUGGGUCGGGUAUACUACGUUUUCGGGUUUUUAUUCGUCGUUUUGAUCCUUUUGGUAGUCGUUUGUGCCGAGGUGUCACUCGUUUUGACCUACAUGCAUCUUUGUGUCGAGGACUGGAAGUGGUGGUGGAAAUCUUUCUUUGCUUCGGGUUCGGUUGCGUUGUACAUUUUCUUGUACUCGAUAAACUAUCUCGUAUUCGACCUCAAGAGCUUAAGCGGGCCCGUCUCGGCUACGCUUUACCUGGGUUACUCGUUCUUGAUGGUUCUAGCGAUCAUGCUAGCCACAGGUACCGUUGGGUUCCUUUCUUCUUUCUGGUUCGUGCAUUACUUGUUCUCGUCGGUUAAGCUUGAUUGAAAGAAGAUGGUGGUUAGGUUGUUACACACAGUUUUAUUCGUCUUGUACUUGCUACGUUCGGUUGUUUUUCUUAAGCAUUUGGGCAGAAUUCGGAUACAUGAGAACUAUAAUUAAGCCGAGUUUUAUAUCUUUUUUUUUUUUUUAAUUUUAGUUUUCUUUUGUUUCUGGUGUUAUAGUUCUAUAGCAUGAACUUAGUUACAUACGAAAGCAGAAGAUGAUGUUAUAUUGGAUAAUUAGUUGUAAUUUCUUUUUUGUUUUGUUGUUUGUAUUGAGAUUCUAUGAUAUAUUGGUUCGAUAACAUACAUGUAUCCAAAGGUUAAAUGGUGGGUACU